AUGGGACGCCGUGACCCCAACAAGAAACGCGACCCACCACCGAAGCCCAACAUCGACGGCACCGCGCCAUCCACUCGCAUGACAACCUCCGCAGGCCGCACCGUCCCCAAGCCCAAGCCCAUGCGCCAGCUCACUCUCCCCUCCUCGCCAGAAAAGAGGGACUUCAUGGUAUCCGUGAUGGCAAGGAUGCACAUGAACAACACCCCUGUCACCCUCCAGGAGAUCGAAGACAAGGAGGCCAAGGUGCUUGACCUUGUCGCCAACCUCACCAACCCACCUUUCCCCUACUCGGGCGCUCGUAUGAGGGACACAUUCACCAAGGCGCACACGACGCUCCACAAGCUCUGGCAAGAGACCGCACAGAGUACACCCAAGGCCGACCCCAAGCCCGUCUCGGCGCGAUCCAAGUGCACACCGCGCGCAACGACAUCACUCGCGGCGGACAUUGCGGGCCUGCGCGCACGACUCGCCGCGCUCCUCGCCGACGUCCGCGCCACACCCACCGUUCAAGUCCACCGGCGAGACGCCGCUGCCAACAAGGCCAAAGCCACGUUCAUGGCCCUCGUCGCCACCCUGCACGAGACGCGGGACCUCGUGCGCGCCGUGUACCCGCGCCUUGCGCGCGACGACAAGAUACAAGUCGGCGCGAGCCUGAACGCGACGCUGGGCGAGAUUGUGCCCUUGCUCAAUGCCGUGGCGGAGCGCAAUGGGUAUGGUGUGCGCCUUGACCUCGGCGAGUUUGUGCUCUGGCUCCCGCAAGGGCGUGGAGAUGAGUGA